AUGUUAUUUUCAAACCAACAAAAGUCAUUGUUGAACUCUGUAAAUAUUCUAUGGAAAAAUGAAAAAUCAAAUGAAGCAACAAAAUCUCAAAGCAUCGCUAAAAAAAUAGCCACCAGAGUCAAUGCUAAUACCAAAAAUAAAGAUCCAAUGUUCGUGAAUAAAACACCAUCCGCGACUAAACCUUCUCCCACAAGUUCUAAAGCAA